AAAAUACUAAAGCAAAAGCUAAAGAAGAGACGAGAACAAUCAGAUCCUAAAUAAUCCAUAGGAAGCUGACAUGUUGGUGAUUUCUUGCCACUUUACGCCAUGUUGAUUGCCAAUAAAACUCUGUUCACAUUGCCAUGUUUGGCACACGCACACAUAUUCAUACACUUCAAGAUUUCUGGGCAACAAACAUUACAGUUUAUCUCUAUUUGAGGCGAGUCUUACUUCAAAUCCUUAGUAAGAAAGCAUGUCUUCCGAUCACCACAAUGUUAGCCAUGCCCAUUGGAAGGGAGAUGGAAGUUAUGAACCUGAGAUUGGAUCAACAGGGGCGGUUAGGGUUCCUGUGAGGGCUCUAAACAUCAUUUGGGGCAACGAUACUCGAUUUUGGCGGUUUAAGGACCUUCCGGACGAUGAAAGCAGGAUGAUAGGGUUGAAGGAAGGUGCAUGGCUGGUUCAAGUGAAUUGGAUAGAAGUGACAGGAAGAGUUCCAAAGGAUGUGCUGUAUAAGGCUGAGUCAGUCACAAAAUAUGAGAUCUUUUACAUCGUCAAAUUCAGGGCUGAUGCAUUUGGGUGGCACUCUGUGCCAAUCAAAUUUAAGCUCAGACUCACCACCAAAUCUGAAAAACAAAACCACCACCACCACACUGAUCAAGAGGAUGAGAAGAGCAUCAUUCUGGAACAGUAUAGAGAGAAACAAGAGCUCUGGCAUGAAAUCCCAGGAGGCAUCUUCUCUGUUUCUGACUCUGAUGGCUUUCUUGAGUUUGGUAUGUUUGAAGUUGACACUGCUUGGUGGAAGGGCAAUAUGGUCCUCGCAGGUGUCAAGAUCAAGCCCAUACAAACCUAAUGAUUACAUUAUCUUUAAUUAAGUGCCCUUUUGUUCAUGUUUAUUCCUUCUUCUUUUUUUUUUUCCCUCGUCAAUAUGUUUAUCCCCAUAAUUACAGUAAGAACAACGUGUUUUAGUUCAAUUUGCAGGUUGGUUUCACAAUCCUGUGUUGAGGUCAUGUAAUUCUCUUUUCUGUAAUUUUGUCUUGUUUUUUAUGUUAUAGUCAAAUAAAAGAUGUUAUUGGAUUUGUCCAAGAUUAAAUA